CCCUUUCGAUAUUUCAUCCGAUCUCACAGCAUCUUCAGCAGCUUUAAUUCUUCAGAACCGCGAUCUGGAAGCAAUUACCCCUCACUUCCGAGUAGAAAGGAGGGACCACUUCGGUUGUAUCUUAUCACGGCCAAUAUGAAUCUCAUCUGGCAGAAUUGCGACGCGCCUAAUUUUGGUAUAGAGCAAUAUGGGAUACCAGGUCCCGAGAAAAAUUGUACAGCCUGAAGACAAAUGGUCUGAAGUCAUUUCCGAUUCUAACGUUUUCUAUUCCCUUUGCACACUCUUGACGCUCUGAUUCUCAUUUCAACCCGAAUUGUGUGUUGGUUCUGUCGGCGUUGGGCUCACGAGUCCGAUGUAAAUACACAUAUCUUUUCUUGCUUGCGCACUCACGAUGUUUCCCAAGCACGGUUCAUGAUGUCUGUUCGAAAAUUAUCCUUCUAUUUCGCGAGUCUUGCUUGCGUCUUCUCCCUUUCAUCAUGUUUUAGCAAUUUCACAGACGUUGCAGAGGUACCUCAAAUCUAUGGCAACCGAGCAGGAUUUUCGGUGGACGCAAUCAGAGCUCCACCCAGUCCUCGAAAUGGGACAGAAAUUUCUGCAAUAUCUGGUUCCGACAGUCACUGGUGGGCCACAAUAUCGGUUGGCAACCCUCCGCAGCUCAUUACUGUGAUUUUAGACAGUGGCACUGUUGACCUCUCACUCAUGUCGACGUUCAUCAACCCGGCACAGCGAGGCCUAGCUCCGGUAUAUGACCCCGACCGAUCUAACACUGCCGUACUUGUGGAUGGGUACACUUGGUACCAGCAAUACGCAGGCUCGGCACCGAACAUGGGAUGGGUGGUCCAGGAUGAGGUCAGAGUUGGAGGAAUAUUCUUGACAAACUUUACUUUCGAGAUCGACAAUGUUACCGUCAUACCUCACAUCACUUCACCGCCAUACGGGACUUUAGGCCUCGAUCCUGACCCGAAUGGCCAACCAACGAGUCCUAAAAGGAUGCCAGGCUGGCUACAAACGGUCAUGAAUUUCGUCCAUCAGCCUGUUUUUUGCAUUGACUUUCGAAGAAAUAUUUUCAGAGGCGUCAUCGAUUUUGGUUACAUAGACAGCAAGAAAUACAACGGCAGCAUUGCGUAUACACCUGUUACCCAGCCUACUCUCUGGUCAAUCAAUAUCGACGGUGUUGGCAUUGGUGGAGGACCUUACCAGCACAACCCGUUCGAAGUCUUUUUUGACACGGGAGGAGAUGGACUUGUCUUCCCUCGUUGGGCGAUCGAUAAUUACUUUGCGCAAGUCCCCAACUCAACAUGGGACGCUGCUCUCAACACCUAUUCAUUCGAUUGUACCUUGUUUGUACAAGGCAAGUUGCCGAACAUCACAUUUGGCAUUGGUGACUCAUACAGAGGGGUCGUCCCCGCGGACCAUAUUCACGUGGGACUUCUACAUGAUUACGUGUGCGUAACAAGUCUACGAGUAGGGGAUCGACCGUCUUGGGGAACCUCAAUCAUUGCGACCCAGUUCGUGGUAUUCGACUAUGGUGGCAAGCGAAUGGGCUUUGCUCAUAAACAACUCUAAAUCAAUCUAAAAAUAUUGACAAUCUGAUUUUGCAAGCCAAGAUACUUGUUGCUAUCAACUUUUUCUCGUUUGAUGUCUUUGGAAUCUGGAACUGCGUUUCCUUGUCUUUGUUAUUCUCGAGACAAUGUGUUUUUAUCUCAACAGUGGCCGUGGUUUUGAUGUAUCCCAGUUCUGUUAUCAACGAACCCCACAAGGCUGAAGUAAAUCGACGUUGAUUAUGGAUCGCGGCCCAAUCAUGAUUCCGCUCACACUCUAAGGGUCUUUUGUUCGUCAGUGCGAACAAAACCCACGGCCUUCAAAACUCGCCGGGUAUCCGCUUGUUUGGGACAUAUAAUGUCACCUGCGCGUUGUGGCGAAACAUCAC